AUGCGCUCCGCCGCCGCCCCGCUGCCGCUGCUCGCGGCCUCGCUGCUGCUGCCGCUGCUCCUGCCCGCCGCGCCCGCCGCCCGCGGCAGCCUGGAGCCGCCGGCGGGCAACGGCAGCCGCCCGCCCGCCGCGCCGGGCCCCGGCAACCACAGCGGGGCCCGGCUGAGCCCCGUGCCCGCGAUGCUUCGCGACCUCUCCGCGCUCAAAGCCGCCGUCAUCGGGGCCUGCGCGCUCACGGCCGCGCUCAUCGCCUGCCUCCUGCUCCGCGUCUUCAGGUCUGGCAAGAGGAUUAAGAAGACCAGGAAGUACGACAUAAUCACCACCCCAGCCGAGAGGGUGGAAAUGGCUCCUCUGAACGAAGAAGACGAUGAGGACGAAGACUCAACAGUGUUUGAUGUGAAAUACAGGUAAAGCAGCUCCGUGGAGCAUCAGUGCCCUGCCAGACGUCACUCUGCUGUCGAGGGACCUGCUGAACCCAUAACUGUGAAAGGAAGGGGAGGCUUUCAUCUCUGCACCUCCUCGAGGUGCUGUUUGUACAGCAGGCUGUGGAUCUUCUGACUCAAACAGCACCAUUUGGUUCCCUGGUGUCCCAGCUCCUGUGUUGGAAUGACCAGAGUUCCUCUUUGCAAACUGGGCUCUCUUGCUUUAGGAGGGCUGCAGUGUCACCAAAGCAUUGCAAGGUGCAGCUCCUUACACUCUAAAUAAGUUUUGCAGAAGGAGGAAGACAAGGAAGACAAGCUGCCCCAAGGACUUCUUUUCUAAAAUCCUAACUCAACACUCCAGUCACUGUUAAACUUCAGUCAUUGUUAAACGGAUCAUGUGUUUAAAAAAAAAUCAAGAAGUAUUUUUGGGCCUUACAGAGGUGACUUAGGACUUAAGAUGGUAAAAAUGUAAGCCAUGCUGAAAU